AUGACCGACAGCACCAAGAUCGUCGUCCAGCUCUUUGCGAAAACUGAACGGCCUGCAGAAGAGUGGAAGGGAUUACGCGAGGCUGUAGUGACCCAUGUCAACUAUCUUAUCAAUGGCUACGAGGGGCCCAGCUCGCUCAGCGCCCGCUUCCUGGACCAAGCCUCUGAGGCCACAGCAGGAAGGGUCGUCGAGGUCAUUGCGAACCUCAACAGUCACGGCAAACAGGUGGAAACACUGUCGCUACGCCAAUGCAAGAACAUCACCAAUGACGACUGGUUCCAAAAGUUUUCCGCUGCCAACGAGGUAGAGAUCAUCUUGCAGCCGUACAACCUUUAUGUCUUACACAAGAAGCCUGGUCUCGCCGUCUUCGACAUGGACUCAACACUUAUCCAACAGGAAGUCAUUGACGAGCUCGCACGGGCGGUAGGACUGUACGACCAAGUGGCGGCCAUCACAGAGGCAGCCAUGCGAGGCGAAGAGCCCUACACCGAUUUCGAGGCCUCGCUACGAGCUAGAGUAGCUCUCCUGAAAGGCGUACCGAAUAGCAUAUGGGAGAAAAUGAAGCGAGAGAUCAUCACCUUUACACCAGGCGCGCACGAACUGCUUCGUACUCUGAAGAAGCUGGGUUGGAAGGCAGCUGUACUCAGUGGCGGCUUCAUACCGCUGGCCAUGUGGGUGAAGGAGACGUUAGGAUUGGAUUAUGCCUAUGCCAAUCACUUGGUGUCGGACCCGGCGCUAGAGCAACUCACCGGCGAGCUGGUGGGAGAAGCUCCAAUCAUUCAUGGACAGAAGAAACGGGAGCUACUGCUUCAGCUGGCGAAGGAGAACGGCAUCCCCACCGAGCAAGUCAUUGCGGUCGGUGAUGGCUCGAACGACCUACCCAUGAUGGAAGUGGCUGGUCUGGGUAUCGCUUUCAACGCCAAGCCAAAGGUGCAACUCGCCGCUCCCUCCAAGCUAAAUAGCAAGAGCUUGUCCGAUGUCCUGUACAUUCUUGGAUACUCCAAGGAGGAAAUAGAUACCGCUGCCGGCUCAUAG